UGUUGACCACCUACUUUUCUCCACGGAUGCUGCCUUGGCUGCUGAGUUCCUCCAGCAUCAUUGUAUUUUUCAUUCCAUUUACCUAAUUACUUACUAUGUAACUUUCCCUUUCACAUUUACAAGAACACCCAGAUCCAUCUAUACUGUAGCAUUCCGUUUUGUCUCUGCAUUUAAACAAUUUCUGCUUUUCUGGUCUUCUUGCCAGUGUGAAUAAACACGUAUUUCACACUUUUCACAUUCUGCCAAUCCUCUUGACAACUCGCUUAACCCAGCAACAUCCCUUUGCAGAUUUAUCACUCCCAAUGAUAUGCUCCUAAAUUCAUUAAGAUAGGAAAGUGCUAUGAUAGCAUAUCUUAUCUUUUCUUAUCCUUACAACAAAUUACGAGGGCAUUCGGCCCAUUGGGUCCAAGCCAACUGCAAGGGAGCAAUGCCAUUAGUAUUCCUAUUUCAUACUCCUGUUUCGCCACAAAGAAACAAACAGUACUCAAGCCCACAGCGCAGAGUGCUAACGCCGGUCACUUUGAAAGACCUAUACAAUUAAUCUUACUUCGCUGCUCUUUCCUCAUAGUCCUGCAUCAAUAUUUACCUUCAAUUACUUCGUCAAAUCUAAUUUGAAAGUUGUUAUUGAAACUGUUUCCUCCACCUUUUCAGAUGCCAAAUUCCCGAUUAUACAUGCGACAAAAAUGCCUCAUUUUCCCUCUGGUUCUUUGUCCAAUCACCUUAAAUCUGCGAGUUUCUCUGGAAUGACGAGCUUUCUGCCACUGAGAGACUUUGCACAAAACCUUUCUUGAUUUGAACACCUUAAAUGCCUCUGGUCUAAGUCUUGCCCUCGUUCCAGUCUGCUAUCUCCCGUAAUUCCUGGUUUGUGCUGCAGUUAAAACGAAAAUCUGAAAGAGGAUUAGUGGGAUCCAGCGACGCCAUUGCGACCUGCAGUCGGAUUGAGGAUCUGGGCCGGUGCGGAAGCUGCCCCGUCUUUGUACGCUGUUCCACCGGGACAGCACAGGUUGGUCUGGGCGGCGCAAACGCCGGUGGGCAGGCGGGGCUCGCAGUCUGGUGCACGGUGGCCUGGGCUCGGCUCAGACCCGCCUUCCUCCUGCAAGCUCGGCCCAGUUUCUGUGUAAAGAUGGCGGGAUCAGCAGCAAAAAGGGACAGAAUGAUAGUGGACGGACAUCACCUGAACGACUCAUUAACUUCCCCAGACUCUGAAGAUGUACCACGCUUGACUGUUCCUUUUUGUGGUACUAUAAAAGGAGGAAUGAGACCAGGAAAGAAGAUCAUUGUGAUGGGUAUAGUGGAUCCCAACCCAGCAAGCUUUGAAAUCAGUCUGUGCUGUGGAGACUCUGAUGUGUCACCAGCCGAUGUUGCCAUUGAGCUUCAGGCGAGAUUUCCUGAUCAGCAGUUCGUCAGAAAUGCUUUCGUUUCUGGAGAAUGGGGAGAAGAAGAAACACCCAUUCCCUACUUUCCCUUCAUCCCAGACCAGCCAUUUAGGCUUGAAAUACACUGCGAAUACCAACGGUUCCGCAUAUUCAUCGACGGACAUCAGCUUUUUGAUUUUCAUCAUCGUGUUGAAAACUUUUCAGCAAUUAAUGAAAUAAAAAUUAUUGGUGACUUGCAACUGACCAAACUUGGUUAAGGGUUGCUGGGAUUGUCAGGAAGAAACAUGAACUAUCUGCUGUUAGGUCAAAGACUCAUCAUCGUGCAUGUGAGGCAGUACCAGCUGGGUCUAAGCUGUCUCAGUGUUGGUCUCCAUUGUCUGUUGUGUGAAAAGGAGAAUCAAAUUGUUGUUUGCCAUUGGGAGCAAUUAGGGGAAAUGAUUGUGGCAGUCAAUAAAAUACAGUUAAUAACGGUUCUGAGCUGCAAGGAGGAUACAUUCUAGUUGCGGCUUCACAUGUCCAGAACAUUAAUUCAAAUACAUGGGAGGGGGAGGGUAGCAGGGCAGUGAACACAGUAUUUUUGGGUUGUUUACACCUUGCACUUCGUUAUGUGUUUCCGCACUGAACUGACAGCACAAAUAAUUAACAAAUAUAUAUUUUAAAGAAAGAAUGAACAGUCAGGGUAUUGUUUAGAUUGUAAAUGACAUGCUUUGUGUACUGUAACAUGGAUGGUGUAUUUUGUGCUAUGUAAUACCAUGUAUUUAUAACUAUCUUGCCUUUUAGUCUUAAUGAAUUAUUAACCAUCAACUGUAGAGUAUGUUAACAAAUGAAUGUACCAGAUGUUUAGAAUGUUUCUGUAAAUGAGAAGUAUAUUUCUAGAAAUUCCUAGGUUAAUAAUAAUUUUAUAGAUUACAAGCAAUAAAUGUAGGUAUCCCUGUAAUGGAGUUUUAAAAAUCACAUAAAAAUACAAUACAUGAUGCUAUUCAUAUAAUUAACUUUCUAGAACUAUAUGUUGAUUUAUGCUUCAAUAUGCUUUGGAUUAAUUCUGCUAAAUUAAACUGUAAUCAGAAUGGAGGUAAACACUUUCUAUCACUGCAAUGAGUUGUAUUGUAACUAAAAUAAUAUUUCACUAAAUAAAAAUUUCUAAGUGUAAAAGAAUACUAAAUUGAAAGGAAGACUAGAAUAUCUGAUAUUUUACAUGUUUUCAUUUAUAUGUAAACUGACUGGCUUGGGUAAACUGAGUUUGUUAUCAGCUGCUAUCAUUUAGCAAUACAGAUAAAUACAUAAGUCAAACAGACUGGUAGAUCUAAUUGGAGAGAUCAGUGGGAUGUUUUAUGACCAAAUAUUUUAGAUCAGAAUGUUGAUUUUAAAAAUUAUGCCAGAAGAUGGCAAAUUAAUAUCAUGAAAGUUGCUUUCCAGAUAUUUACAUGUUCUGUGUUUAGAAUAAAUACUUUGGCAUUAUUCACUAAUUUUUAAUGUUUUCCUGCAUUUGUUAAAGUACAUUUUCCCCAAAUUCUACUGUAUAAUUGACUGUAUAUCUGUAUAUUUGGCUUGUGUGCAAAAGCACACGUUGAAUUCAGGAAGUCAUUAAUGAAACUUAUUAUUAGAAAUAUCAAUAUUAUGGAAACCCUGUAUUAAUAUCUCAUCCUGAUUAUUUUUCCACCUCUAAAUGAGGGUAGAGUAUAAACUUGAUUGUGGCAUUAUCCAAUGCCUCUUUGCUUUUUUUCUACUUCUCUUAACACUGCAAUGUAUUGGUGGGUAAUUUAGAAGUUAUAUCAAUGUAUGGAGACAUAACUCACUAUAAUUUAUCGAAGAUGCCUUUUGAAAUGUAAUGCUGUCAUGAAUAUUGUGCCCUUAAUUUUGUUAAGAUCAAUUGAUAGCACAAUUAAGAAUAAAUAUUUGUAAUUUC